AUGUACUUGGCCAUGCCCAUGAAAAAACAGCCACCGCUGGACUUCACCAGAAAGGCAUUAGAGCGCUUCUUGCCUAUUUCAGAGAACUUGCGAAAAUACACCGAGAAACAAGCAAAGUUGGCCAAGAUCGACCGGCUGGCCCUGGAAGAUUUUCUUGAGCCUGUUCCGAGAGCUUCUCCUAGAGAGCUGGCAUUUGAUUAUCUAUUAAGCCGAGACCACCAAGUUUUGAUGGAACUAUGCACCGGAAAAAUACUGAAACUAGUAAUCGAUGCCGCUCAGCUGGAGAACCAGAAAAGUUUGUUGGUUGUUGAGAUGCUUGUGGACCAAUUGCGUCCGCUGGCAGGGUUUGACAGAAUAGAGAAUCUGGUGAAAUCUGCUAUCACUAAAAGGUCAGAGUUUCUGUCAAAUUGCUUGCGACUGGCAGUGAUUCUGACAACAGAAAGGGAAAGCGGGCUACAUGACGGAGUUCUCGUUAUGCCACUGCUAGAGUUGGUGCGCCGGUCGCACAUUCUUUCCGGAAACAUAGCUUCGACCAAGGACCAAGAAGACGGACUUUUUGCUGUGGGAGUGCUUUACAACCUCCAGGAGCACGUUUUCUGGCCUCCAGACACCACACCGCUCUUCGAAGAGCUGCUACACCACAGAAACGGUGAGGACAGGACUUGA